UCCAUUAAACCCCAAUUUGUAGAUUUAGAAAAGCUUCAAUCUUUAUUCAUCGUCAAAGCAAAAAAAGUUUCUGAUUUGAGUUUUUUCUUUUUGUGAGAUUUGGGUUGAUGGCGGAAUCAGGGAAGAACAAGACGAAAUCAUCGUCACCCUCAUCUGGGUUCUUAAAUCGUUCAUUUACAAUGCACGCCUCAGUGGCGGAAUCUAAGGUUCAUCUUUUCUUCAAGAAUCCACCUCCGUUGUCUCACAAUCGAGCUGCUCCGCUUUCCAAAUUCCACAAUUCAAUGGAUAGCGUCAAAGGAAAAGUUAAAAAGCUUCGGAGUUUAUUCGAAUCUAAACCUUCAUCAUCUUCAUCCACCUUACCCAGUCCUAAAGAAUCUUGUCCUAAGCCUGUUUUGAGACCGACAAAAUCAAUUGGUUCCGGAUUUAUUAAUCCUACCAUAAGGUUACCCGGAACUGAAGAUCGAAUUGUUGUUUAUUUAACGAGUUUACGAGGGAUUCGAAGGACUUUUGAGGAUUGUUAUGCUGUUAAGAUGAUAUUUAGAGGGUUCAGGCUUUGGGUUGAUGAAAGAGAUAUCUCCAUGGAUGCUGCUUAUAAGAAAGAGUUGCAAAACAUAUUGAAAGUGAAAAAUGUGACAUUGCCUCAGGUUUUCAUAAAGGGGAAGUAUAUUGGUGGUGCUGAUGUGAUCAAAAGCAUGUUUGAAAUGGGUGAAUUGGCUAAGAUUCUUGAUGAUUUUCCAAGGAGACAACCUGGGUUUGCUUGCAAUGCGUGUGGGGAUGUCAGGUUUGUGCCUUGUGGGAAUUGCAGUGGGAGUCGAAAGGUGUUCGACGACGACGAAGGGUCGCUUAAGCGAUGCUUCGAAUGCAACGAAAACGGCUUGAUUCGAUGCCCUGGUUGCUGCGAUUGAAGGUGUUUUUCUUCAUAUAUUGAUGAUGUGUAUGCUGGUAUCGAAAUGAUCAUUCGAUGUCCACCCCAUAUUGUCAAUGAUAGUAUAAUACAAUAGCAUCUUGAUUCCUAAGGGGAUGGGAUUCUCCUUUUAUGCCUAUGGUAUUGUAAAUAUUUUAGUGUCAUGGUCAUCUACUUUACUUACGGUCUUGUAACUGAU